AUGGCAAGUCUAGGCAAAUCCACUGGCAAAACUCCCAAAAAGGAGGCGAGACCUCGGACCCCGCCAGAGAAGAAACGUCUGAAAGUGUCAGAGGAUUUCUCGUCGUGUCUGAGUGAAGAGCAGCCUCAGAGCCCCACUCUUAAAGGAGAGGACAUCCAGGCCCUGGCCAUCAGACCUGAGGACCUGGAGAAGUUGCGGGUGCCCCAGCCCCCUAAAGAACCCCAGAAGCCUGCAGCAGUGACCCGAGUGCUGGUGCGUAAGACCCGCCCACUUGAUGACAUCAGAAAGGGGGUGAGGGUAGCGGUGGCCCGCCCCCUGGCCCAGGACACCACCACACAGCCACUGGACUACACAGGACCGGGGGGACCUCGCUUCGAUGCCCAGGGGAUGGUCCUCCCCCACAGCAUUCUGGGUAGUCUGGAGGACUUCAGGACAGAGAUGCAGGCCAGGGGAGAGACUGAGCUGGUGAGGAGGGUGCCAGCCCCUCAGAGAGCCGUCUCCCAGGUGUUGGGGGGUCAGAGGGGUGCAGAGAGACCCCCUCCAGUCCCCAGGGGUCAGAGAGACGUCCAGAGCCACGCCCUGCAGCACUGGCACACACACAUGACCCAGAGACGACACCAGCAGGACCUUAUCUCCAACCUGCUCCAGAAGCCAGUAGAGAGGCUGUUGAUGAACCAGUCCAACCGUUUCAGAGAGACUCAGGAGCAGAGAGAACUGAUCACCCGAGGCCUGCCAGCCAUACACUCUGGACAGGGUUACCGUGUAGGCAGUGAGUUCUGGAGCCUCCCUCAGAGGUUUGGUGAUGAGCUGAGUGGUAUCUCAGCCACCCUGACCCAGACACAGAGAGGACAGCAGGAACCUGUCACACACAUCGCACAGCCACACAGCAUCCGCAUGGAGUCAGGUAAUGUUCUCCCAGAUACGUGUGGAUCAGCCAGCAGGACCUGGGACCAGAGUCUCUACCUGCAGCACCGACGACAUGAGCUCAGAGAUGUUCUCAAAGACCUGGACUUCAACCAGCCAGAGAUAGAUGGCUUGGAGGUGAUUGGGUCAGGCCAGCCCUUCACCUCUGUCACUGUGAAGCGGAGCCCCCUAUUGGAGGAGGAGGAGAGGGAGGAGCUUAGGGAGGCGGAGCAGAAGGAGAACCAUGACCCCCUGUCGCAGUUUGAUGAUGUCAUGCUGGACGCGGUGCUGGUGCCUGCCCUGAGGUUCUGUGGGCAGCCCGCCCGCUGGACAGGCACCUCCACCUCUCACAAGGGGGAGGUGGGUAUCAGCGCCAGGGUAACGUUUGAGGCCCUGUCAGGAGAGCGAGCCAGUUCAGACAUGGAGGUGCAGAACGAGGGCAGUACAGCAGUCUACUACAGCUGGCAGCGCCUGGCUGUACCACACAGCUUCCCUGACGCCAGGACACACACACACACACAGCACUUCUACUUCAACACCUCCACAGGUGUGAUUCUACCAGGUGACAGCAAGCGUGUAGAGUUUAUAUUUAAGUCGGAGGUCCCAGGCAUCAGGACAGAGGUGUGGCGUCUCAACACACACCCUGUCCUGCUGGGCGGAGCCUCCAUCCAGGUGACACUGAGGGGCGUGGCUCUCUACCAGGACAAGACCGCCGACCAGAGACACGCCCUGGAGAGGGAGCUGCAGCAGAGAGAGGCUGCGUCAGUGUGUCGGUCGUUGGUGUGUGACGUGUUACGAGGCGUCCUCACCCCAGAGAGACCCGGCUCCCCUGCGGAGCUCUACACCACCGAGGAAGAACACUUCCACAACAGGAACCCAAAGCUGCAGUACCAUUAUGAGACAGUGGAGGCGCUGAAGAGCCUGUGGCAGCAGGUGACCGCAGAAACAGGAGAAGACAGAGAAACAGCCUGGGACCUCUCUGUGUCUACACUACGACAGGCCGUGCUGGCUCUGCCCCAGGGGGACGGGGAGCAGGAUGGACCCCAGGAGAGGCUCACCAGAGAGGGGGCUCUGAGCCUCUAUAACACCCUCCUCCUGGAGCUCACCCAGCCACUCAUACAACACACGCCCCUACCACUCAACGCUAUAGGGUUGCAGCUGUGGAGGGAGCUGUUGGACGGUCUGGUCAGUGCAGCUCUGUGGCUCAGACAUCUACUGGGUCUCCCUGAGACAGACACAUGGGGGGAACACACACAGGACCACCACCACAGCUGGGGGAAAAUGAAGAAAGAGGAGAAGUUUGAGAAGAAGGCAGGAGCACCCCUGAAGGAGGAGAAGAAAGGAGGGGGCAUCAAAGAGAAGGAGGAGAAGAAGGGAGCAGCCAAGCCUGCUGUGAAGGAGAAACCAGUGGAGGAGCGUCCGGGCAGUAAGAAGAAGUGUCGUGAGGAGGUGGUGGUAGUGGGCAAGCGUCCUGGAGGUAAACCUGGUAAAGAACCAGGCAGAGAGCCCUCCUCCACCACAACCAGCCCUGAGAGUGACUACCAGGACCACCACACUGACUCUACUGUAGAGCCUGAACUACAGGACAAAUACAGGAGACAGCUGCACCAACAGGCUAAUGUAACACGCCGUGGGCACCACGCGCUGCAGUUCUCCUCCACGUUCAACGGCCCAAUCAGGGCUCUAUCCUCAGAGUCACUCGUCUGCUACAAGGACCCUAACAGGGGACGGCCCAAUGAGGGCUCUAUCCUCAGAGUCACUCGUCUGCUACAAGGACCCUGA